UAAUGGAAGUAUUUCCUGAGAGUUUGUUUCUAUAAAUAAAUGGCGACUCCUCCGCCCUUUUCUUCCCUCCACUCGCGGACUACACCCUUCCGCCGCCUGAUCGAUAUGCAUUCUUAUACAGAAUACGAUUGUAUCUAUUAAUCAGAAUUAUUGGAUUUCACUCUGUGGGAUUUGGAUUAUUAUGGAUUCAAGGUUUCAUCAUUCUGGCUCUACACCAUCAGAGGAAUCAGCAUUGGAUUUGGAAAGAAUAUGCUGCAAUCAUGCUACUCUGACAUCACCAAGUCGACCUGUGCAAUCCUUUAUCACAACAUCGGCCGGUCAACUGUCCGAGAGUAAUGCUGCGUAUUUCUCAUGGCCUACUUCUAGCCGGUUAAUCGAUGAUGCUGAGGACAGAGCUAAUUAUUUUGGGAAUCUUUUAAAAGGAGUUUUGCCUGAAACUCUUAAUCGACAGCCAACUGGACAACGAGCUACUACAUUACUUGAACUCAUGACAAUCAGGGCUUUUCAUAGCAAAAUCUUGCGCAGGUGCAGUCUCGGGACUGCAAUUGGGUUCCGAAUUAGACGCGGGGUACUAACCGAUAUACCUGCCAUUCUUGUGUUUGUGGCACGCAAGGUUCAUAGACAGUGGCUCACUCACAUUCAGUGUCUGCCAUCUGCUCUUGAGGGACCUGGAGGUGUGUGGUGUGAUGUUGAUGUGGUAGAGUUCUCUUAUUAUGGUGCACCUGCAGCAACUCCAAAGGAACAGUUGUAUUCAGAGCUUGUUGAUGACUUGCGUGGGAGUGGUCGUUGCAUUGGUUCAGGCUCCCAGGUUGCAAACCAAGAAACAUAUGGAACCUUGGGUGCCAUUGUUAAGAGCCGAACAGGAAACCACCAGGUGGGUUUCCUCACAAAUAGGCAUGUGGCAGUCAACUUGGAUUAUCCAAGUCAAAAAAUGUUCCAUCCUCUGCCACCUAGCCUCGGACCCGGGGUGUAUCUAGGGGCUGUGGAGAGGGCCACAUCAUUCAUCACCGAUGAACGCUGGUAUGGGAUAUUUGCUGGGACAAACCCAGAAACCUUUGUCAGAGCCGAUGGGGCGUUCAUUGCAUUUGAUGAAGACUUAAAUAUAUCAAAUGUGACCACAUCUGUAAAAGGCAUUGGGGAAAUUGGUGAUGUUAAAGUUAUAGAUUUGCAGUCUCCAAUCAACAGUUUAAUCGGAAAACAAGUGGCUAAAGUUGGUAGAAGUUCCGGGCUAACUACCGGGACAAUAAUGGCGUACGCCUUAGAAUACAACGACGAAAAAGGAAUAUGUUUCUUUACAGAUUUCUUGGUUGUUGGUGAAAACCAAGAAACAUUUGAUCUUGAAGGGGAUAGUGGAAGUCUAAUUCUUUUAACAGCGGAUGAGAAACCGCGGCCCAUUGGAAUCAUUUGGGGCGGUACCGCCAAUCGUGGACGCUUAAAACUUAAAGUGGGCCAGCCACCAGAGAAUUGGACUAGUGGAGUUGAUCUUGGACGGCUUCUUGAUCUUUUGGAACUUGAUCUCAUCACAACUAACCAAAGUUUACAAGUUGCACUGCAAGAUCAAAGAAAUGCGUCUGCAGCAGGGAUUGAUUCUACUGUCGGAGAAUCAUCACCUCCAAAAGAAAAAACCGAAGAAGAUCACGAGCCACUUGGAAUAAUAAAUCUUGAGGAAGUCCCCAAAGGAGAGUUCAUGCAUGAAGAACAUCAGUUUAUAGAAAGCUUCUCGGUUAGAUCUCCCGUUUUUCAAAUUGGGAAAUCUGAAGCAUCGAAUGCAGACAAUCUUUCACCAUUAAAACUCGAGGACCAAGAAAUUUCUGUCAGUCUGCAAUUGGGUGAACCACAACCCAAGAGACAAAAGCUAUCCGGUUCUUCAUCACCCGGCGAAAACAUCGAAUGAGUUUUUUUUACGGCAAAUGUUUCUACCCGAUGAUUAUUCGUAUUUUGUUCUUGAAUGUAAUAGUUCAUAAGAAUGUAUCUUGUGGAAUGCACGAGUUAAAGUGUUUAAAAUAUGUGCAUUAUCUUCUUUCCUUUUUGGUUUCGCUACUGCUACUAAUACUAAUACUGGUGAUUUCGAAGGUUUGAUGUAA